UACUGCUCUGUCACGUUUUGACUUUGGCCCAAAAAUAUACAAUUUAUUUUUUUAAAAGGAAGCUUAUUUCACCGCAGUUUUACAACACAGGUCUUACCUCAAUGAAUUAGCCUAACAGUGUGUUUUGCUUACGUUCUCCCAGUUUUAUUGUAGUAAUGAUUGGUUGCAACAGGUUUGAAAUCUUCAAACCCACUUAGUAAUGACUAUUUGCUGGCUGUAGUCAAAAGAGAGGGAUCAACUCCGUCAAUCGCUUUGAAAAAGGGAAAAAAACUGAAGUCAGAUCGCCUUUCCAGUUGAUUCUUUAAUUGCGCACAACACAGAUUUUCUGAAAAAAAGAUGAACACCUUACGAUCCGAGCAAGUGCAUGCCGCUCAGUUAUCAAAUCCACUAAGGCCUCGAAACCAACUUUUUACCUGCCUUGCUUGUCAAGUAGCCUUUCCGACUGCGGAUCGUCAACGUGCCCACUAUCGCACAGAUUGGCAUAAAUAUAAUUUGAAGAGAAAAAUCGCUCAACUUGCCCCAGUUACUGCCGAGCAAUUUGCACAGAAGGUCUUAGCGCAACAAACCAAAGGUCGAGAAGAAGCGGAAAAACAAGGUCUAGUGUACGAAUGUGUGCUAUGCAAGAAAUCCUAUUUUUCCGAAAAUGCUUUUUCCAAUCAUCUACUUUCUAAAAAACAUAAGGACCUCGAAUUCAAUGCCACUAAGCAGCAUGGUUCAACAGCAACAGAAUCAAUAACAAAAUCGGCGACUGUAGUGACACAUACUAAAAAGGAGGCAACUCUCUUUUCUGAUACUGAAGAGGAAAUCACCGAUACAGAUUCAGUAGCCUCAUAUAUGAGUGUUGAUCAUCAUCCUGUCAGUCAAGUGCGUUGUCUAUUUUGUAACAUUAACAAUGGCGACUUCGACACGAAUCUCUACCAUAUGAAUAGAGUUCAUGGUUUCUUCUUACCAGACGUUGAAUAUUUAGAAAACGCUCCUGGCUUGGUACUCUAUUUAGCGGAAAAAAUAGAAGAUUCGAUCUGCUUGUAUUGUAAUGGAAGAGGAAAAGUAUGGAAAUCUCCUCAAGCUGUUCGAAAGCACAUGUUGGACAAGGGGCACUGCAAAAUGGCAUACGAUGAAUCAGAGAAUCCUGAAGACUUACUUCGCUAUUAUAACUUUGGCAGUAUGUCAGUAGAAGAUUUUGAAGCAGCCACAGCAGAUAUAGCUACCAAUACAAAUGAUGAGCUUGUAUUAGAGUCAGGAGAGAGGUUGGGGCACCGCCGGUUCAUGAGAUAUUAUAGGCAAAAUCAUGCCAGAAGAUUAUCUAAUAGUACUACUGCCGAUCCAUCGAAUCCAUUGGCUAUUACAAAUAGCGAAGGCGAAACAACUGUUGCGGCAGCUGCAGUAGUUGCUGAACCCCGUAAUAGAAGAGAGCGUAGACAUCAAAAUACCUUACUGAUUACUGACGGUUCGAAUGGAUCAGAAAAUCUUGAUCUUCUCAGUAGAUUACCAGCAAUUGUCAGACAACAGCACGAUCAGAAGCAAAAGACUUCCAAGAGAUAUAAUCUGGUAUCAACAAGUAGAGCACGUAACCAAAACCCAAUCUAGAAUACUUCCUGUUACAAAACAAAUAAAAAACGCGAAUAUUUAAUAACCGCGC